AGUGUCGUCGGUAGACGACGGGCCAUGUCGUGCGGCGCGCCCGCGGAGCCGGCGCCGACCCAGCCGUGGCGCAAGGUCCUUUACCAGCGCCAGCCGUACCCAGACAACUACGUGGCCAACGCUUUCCUCGAAGACCUCAAAAAGAACGUGCGCGUUACACUGUGGACUCGCUGGGAGGCGAUAUCGGGCGCUGCCGCGCUGCUCCAGCAGAUGGCCAGCGUGGCGCUGGUGGGGCUGGCCUUCGCGCACCUGGACGACGGCUCGCUGCCGCCCGAGCCGCUGCUGGCCGGCAUCGCCGUCUCCACGGCGGCCGGGUACGCUUGGCUGCGCGCCGGCGGCGGCCGCCGCAGUCUGGCCGCCGACCUGCGGCUGGCGGCCGUGUUCCUCGUGUUCGGCUACGGGCUCUCACCAUUGCUGGCCACGCUCACCGACUCGGUGAGCACGGACUCUGUGUACGCGCUGGCGGCGGCCGCCAUGCUACUGCAUCUGGUCACGCACGAGUACGGGCCGCGCGCCGCCUGCGUCUCAGCCGCCGUCUCGCUCAACGCCGGCCUGUUUGGCGCGCUCUGCUUGGCCUCGCGGCUGCCGGGCACGGGGCACGUGUUCGCCUUCCUCACGCUGGCCGCUCAGCUGCUGGCGCUGCCGCCGCCGCUGCGCGCCCACGUGCGCCGCCGCCACGGCCGCGCCGCGCUGCUGCUGCUGGCCUCUGCGCAGGCGAACGCAUCGCUGCUGCUGCUGGUCUGCCGAACGCUGGCCGGCGCCGUGCUGCUGGCCGCCGCCUACCUGUUGGCCUGUCCGCUGCUGCCCAUGUUGUACGUCAGUGGCCAGCGCUUCAAGGACAACAUCUACGGGCCAUGGGACGAGGCCAUUCUGGAGGACACGCGCCAGACGAUCCGGCGAGAUGAUCGCAGGCGAUGCGAGAGUGAAUGAGCGACUCAGGGUGUGAUGGAGCGAUGGGAACGAAAGAGCAACUUCCGGUGCGAUGGAGCGACAGAGCAACUUCCGGUGCGAUGGAGCGACGCGAACGACAGAGCAACUCCCGGUGCGAUGGAGCGACGGAAGCGACAGCAGUUCCCGGUACGAUGGAGCGACAGAGCAGCUCCUGGUGCCAUGGAGCCACGGGAACGACAGAGCAGCGCCCGGUGCGAUGGAGCGACGGAAGCGACAGAGCAGCGCCGGUGCGACGGAGCGACGGGAGCGACAGAGCAGCGCCGGUGCGAUGGAGCGACGGGAGCGACAGAGCAGCGCCGGUGCGAUGGCGCGACGGGAGCGACAGAGCAGCGACGGUGCGAUGGAGCGACGGGAGCGACAGAGCAACUUGCGGUGUGUCGAGCCCCGGAGCGGCAUCUUGGGUGGUUGCUCCGUGGUGAUGGGCUGGGAGGAGCGAUGAGGUUCACCAGCGGUAUAGGCCGUGAAAAGGGACAAAACUGCCAAUCGUUUUCAACCGAACGCCCAGCCAAACUGCUAGGCGAACCGUUAGAAGCGUCAGAGUGCCUGAUAUUGCGCUUGACGCCCGUGGUGUGACCUGACAGAAGUAAACCGUCACAUUCAGUUCCGAGCUGCAGUAAACAGCUCGACGGGCUCGGCAUCCCGGAAAGACAGUGCAAAUAGCUGCAGCGAGAUGGCUCAGGCCUAGGCCAUCACUAUGUACCGGGGCUGUUUGGUGGAGAAGAUCGCCUGCCUGCCUUUGUU